AUGACAUCAGGGGCUGCUCUGGAGGCCUCUCCUGCUGACGGCGCUGCAGGCACGUGGAGCGGCGUCGCACCAGACACUAGUCCUAGCCAAGGCGAACAGCAGCAGCAGCAGCAGAAGCAGGAGGAUAGUGUUUUGCUGGAGCAGGAGGAUCCUCAGAAGCUGGAUCAACAGCCUCACGAACAGCAGCAGCUGGAACAGCAGUUGCUGCAAGAGCGGGACGCUCAGCGGCGGCGUUUUCGUCGUCACCAUGCUUUAUCUUCUGCAUUGGUUAUUCUUCUCGGUGCAAUUGUAGCACUCGGAGUAUCGGGCUGGAGGCCUGCGCUGCUGCGACCAGCAGCUCCUCCCCCUGUUACUGCUGGCCCGGUUACUGCUCCGGCGUCUGCUGCCGACUCGCCGCGCGCAGGAGAGAGGCCAAGGCUUCGUCAGGAGGUGAGCGAACCUGAGCAGCAGGAUCAACAGCAGCAGCAAGAGCAGCAGCAGCAGCAGGAGGACCAACAGCAGGAGGUCCAGCAACAGGAGGAGCAGCAGCCACAGCAGGAUCAGCAGCCGCAGCAGGAGGAGCAACAGCCGCAGCAGGAGCAGCAGCCGCAGCAGCAGGAGCAGCAGCCGCAGCAGGAGGAGCAACAGCCGCAGCAGGAGAAGCAACAGCCGCAGCAGGAGCAGCAGCCAGAGCAGCAGCCGCAGCAGGAGGAGCAGCAGCCGCAGCCGGAGGAGCAGCAGCCGCAGCAGGAGGAGCCGCAACCGCAGCAGGAGGUGCCGCAACCGCAGGAGGUGCAGCAGCCGCAGGAGGAGGUGCAGCAGCCGGAGGAGCAGCAGCCGGUGGAAGAACAGCAGCCGCAGCCGCAGCCGGGGGCGGAGGAGGAGGAGGAAGAGGAGGAGGAGGGGGGGCCGCUGGUGGGGGAUUUCCCCAGUCUGCCGUCGUUGGGUGCUGAAGACAGCCGGCUGUCGCCACUGGCUUUAGACGGAAAGAAGCAUCUGGCAGACGCUUUGGCGGAGCUGGAUCUGCUGCGUACAGCUGAGCAGCAUAUGCCUGUUGCAUCAACUGCUGCAGAGGACGCUGUGAAGCACCUGGCUCUGCAUUUAUCAGGAAACGAAACGAAUGAACUUGUAGGACAAACACUUCAUCUUCGUUCUCUUAAAGAAAUAAACACAACAGGAGAAGGUAUAGCGAUCCGUGACCUGACGGUGACGCGUUUCCUUGGCGAGUGGAAUACAUCGAUUGUGCUGGAAGUCCGAGAUGAACAGACACAGCAACUGCUUUCUUUGCGUAUUCCUUUUUCAUUUCUUGAAGAGCUAGAUGAAAGAAUAGGCGCUGUGGGCAUGGAUUUCGCUGCAGAGAGGCUAGCGGGGCUAACAAAAGAACUCUUUGCGGCAGAGGAAAGGGGAAUACGUGCUGCUCUGGGGAAUAUGUCAGCACAUACAGCAUCUGAAAUAAGGGGAUGGGCGGUGCCUCUGGCUACUGGGUUUAUAGAUGGCCUCGAUGAAGGGUUGUAUGCAGAAGGGGUGUUCAUAUCCAGUGGUGUACACGUGACAGAGAGGUUACGGGGAGAUCUAGAAGAGCUAUUAGGAAGCAUGAAGGAUAAGCCUAUGUCAGUGAAGGUGUAUCUAGCACAGAGGCUGCUGCUGCAGGUACUGCAUCUGCAACGACGAGGAACCUGUCACAAUGACUUGAAACUAAGCGGCUGCUUCAUGAGAGCUGAUGGUUCUUUUCUUUUGAGUGAUUUCAGCAGCUGCAGCAAAGCAGGAGACACGAUAGAUGUUCUUGCUGGUGCUACUCCAGCAUAUACAGAGCCUGAAUUCUUAUUAGAAAUAUAUAAACAAAUGAAUGAAGGAGGAGAGGGUGGUGUAUCCCCUGAUCUGAAGGGUGAUCUAUGGUCUGUAGGGGUUUUAGUAUAUGAAUUGUUUACGAACAAGCUUCCCUAUGAACUAACAGAGCCAGCAAACAGUGAACAGUUACUCCAGGGUGCAAUACAAGAGCUAUUGAGUAGAGGUGCGAAUGCAGAUGAACUAAACUCGGAUAUGGAGGAAGCACAAGUACCGCCACGCUGGCAACAUCUGCUGAAACGGCUGUUGCAGGUUAAAAGAGAAGACAGAAUUGAUGCAAAAACUAUCGCACGAGAAUAUGCUGAUCUAUUCAAUGGAUAA